UGUUGUUUAGUCUGUGGAGCAUAACAUAUCGCGCUGAGCUGUUGUGGUUUGUUGAUGUGCUAGCUAGGGGCUGACGGCCUGAUACCACCAAUCUGUGUGUACAAGGAUUCGCCAUAAGAGUACGAGUUCCUAUUGAGAAGUGUAGUUGUACAACGUGGCGUGCACUUUCUACCGAUAGACGAGAGACUGCGGCUGAGAUCCCGUGCUCGUUUGACAUCGAAACGCAUCGUCGCCGAGAGUGCAUAAAGCGAUGGACACAUCAUAAUACAUACAGAAGAGAACACGUGCCAAACUGGUGGUGGUGCGCUUUUCCCGAUGCUGUUCCUCUAUUAGUGCUGUGCUGCGUUGAUGUUGGAGGUAUUUUGACGUGCUGUGACUCUGCUCUCCGUGAUGGCUACAACAUACUGAUGCUGCGUGCAUCUCGAGUGCAAGAGGCCAGUCGUCGGAGGAGUGUCAAGUGCUUUGUAAGGCAGGACUUGCGCUAGCUGGACAGCCAGUGGCGAGAAAGUGUUUUGCGGACGCACUUUCCGUUUUGUCUCUAGUUAAUUCGGUAUUUCUUGAAUUUUCGAACCGGAACCGGACACUGUUUUCUGUUUUCCAAUCCUUGGUUGUGCUGUUUUCGAAGGAACUGGCAGUUUGCGCGCGUCCGGAAUGUGUGAAAAUUGGUGAAAAUAUCCGAUAGACGGCCGUCUGGAAGCAGUGUUUUGACGGGAGUUGCCAUCGCGAGGAGAAGUAGAAAAUUCGCUCAUUUGUUGAUUCCGCGGUCGAGGAAGCAAAAUUAGCACCAAUAAUUUCGGGGGAACUGGUUUUGACAAUCGUUCGGUAAAGUGCAAGGGUGAAUCGCAACAACCGGGAAGUGUCGUUUCGGAACCGGAUUGUGAAGAGGAUAGGCAAUUUUUCUGAUGCCUGACCUAGCGCCACGAAGAGAAAAAUACUUGAAACGGAAAAAUCGAUAAAAUUUUAUUGCACCUAAAACAGACAGCAUACACACAGCCUCAGUCAUUUUCGCCUUUGUUGUUGUUUUUCUUGUUUAUGUCUAUGGGCCAAAUAAACUUUUGAAAAAUCCGAUAAAGUGCAUGAAUCUGAUCAACUAAACAAAUACCGGUUCGAGCUGGUUCAUAAUCGGUUUACUCUAUUCUUCCUUUGUUCGGUGAUAUUUUGAGUCAGCUUUUUAUCUUUUUUUUUAUUAUUAUGGCAGACCGCCAGUGAUAACAAAGAUAGCGCGGAUAAAAUAAGAAAGCAAGAAGAAGAAAAGGAAGUUGCUACUUGUCAGAAUAAGCGGAACGAGGGAACACAAUAAGAAGAAGACGCAUCGAGUGCCGGCCAAACUAAACAAGACAAAAUAGAACAAAAGUCUACCUAUAAGGAGUAACUAUGCUCAAGUAUUUAACGCACAAACUUCGCACACAAUCAAUCAACGAUGAACACCCAGUCAAUGAGAAGAUUGACGGUCACGAUUCGGGCACGGAGUCCGAUGGAGACUUGGAUCAGGAGGAUGACUUGAUACAGGAGCACGACAUGGAGCUAAGCUUGAGCUCCCGUCAAGACACGGCAUCUCCGACGGAUACUGCAUGCUCGUCGGAAUCACCGGCAUUCCUAGGUGCAGCCUCACACUUGCUGAUGUACGAUCAGAACAGUUCCGAAGAAGAGCUAGAAGUGAUCAACGGCGGUAUCCUCGAGGUGGGUGGCAGUGAAACCGACGGUGAUGGUGGUGGAGACGGUGGUGGGGGUGGUACCGACUGUGCCAGCAGUAUCGACCUAGAGAGCAGUGAAAACUUCAAUCGACUCACGGCAGGUCACCAAGCGUUGGCAGAAGUGGGUUAUAACAAUGCCAGUGACGAGAUUGAUGACUGCACAGAGGAGUUGUGCCUGGCAACGUCCCCGGUGGCUGGUACGCUUCGGCCAUUGGCGAUCACGCCCAACCAGCUGGGUGCCAACAAGCGAUGUAGUUCGAAUAAUCUACUCGAGAAGCGUAAACGAUCUCUAGCGCACAGCUCGGAUGAGGAGGUUCGUCAUCUGCUCGAAAAUCAGCAUCAGCAGCAGCAUCAUCAUCAUCAUCACCAUCAUCAGCCAUUGAUGUCGGCGCCGGUAAAUUUCCGCACGUCGCCACCUCUAGAAGCUUUAAAACCACAUCGUGGCCAUAUAAUCCAGCGUUCGACCACACCACUCAUCCUGACGGAAAGUGGUCGCGGUCUGGAGCACAUUAGAAUAUCAUCGUCCUCGUCGAUCUCGUCGACGACGUCUUCGCUCUCGUCCCUGGGAGGAGCCACCGCUGCUGGCACUGUCUACGGGGGCAUCGGAGGCUUGCCCACCUGUGAUAGUCCGGCGGUGACGUCCGGCAUCAGCAACCAUCAGCAGCAUCAUCAACAUCAUCAUCAUCAUCCCCAUCAACAUCAAUCGCAGAAUAGUAACAAUCUAGCACUGUUAAGUACAACAAAUACUCCCACGGGUGCCAGCUCAGGCCCGGGAGGACCAGUGGGAAUGCCAUUCGUAGGCGGUGGCCAGGAGUCAGGUGGUGGCGGUGGUGGUGGUGGUGCCGCCAUAGCUGUAGCCAAUAUGGAAAUUAGUCGCUCGGUUAGUCCCCCGGCGAAGGUGUUCCACUGUGCGGUGUCACCCCGGCGGAGGCAGUCCCGCCACCAGCAGCAGAGGGCGCCUCGACCGCACCGGCCAUGUUUAGAUUUCGAUAAGAUGCAGCAACUCAAAGCCCGACCUGUGACCACUUGGAAGCAUAAUAACGAGCACUCGGGUGAGCUGUCCGUCUUUUGCUGGUGAUGAUGAGCGAUCGGCGAACGGUGAUCCGAUGACGUUGACAGUUGCAUCAGCAGCUUCUUCGUCACCCACGGCAACGUUUGUCUACCGAUGAAUUUUGCGAGCCUUAGGUUCCAAUUUGAGUUUUGUGCGGCCCAUCGACAGCGACAGAAUCGACGACUACACUGUGACACACUGUACAUCAUGCUGCUGCAACUGCUAAAGCAGUGCAGCUGUCAUUGGUAGUGUUUUCUUAUUGCAAUGUUUUGAUAAUUUUUAUUUUCCUACAAAUUUGUUAGACACAUACGAUUCCUUCUUAGUUACACAGAUUUAUAAUAGCCCAGUUUAUGUUUUCGUUUCCUCGACAAAGUUGACAGGAUUUUGAGAUAGUCUAAGAUUGAAGAAUGAUUAAAUAGCAAACGUAGAGAGGUGCAGCUUCAGUUUCCUUGUUGGUUGAGGGUGAACGUGUUUAGCAUAAGACAGAUCUCUUCUCUAGCACUUGGAUCUAGGAUCCAUUGUUGCGUUUUGUCCUUGUUUGUUUUUAAGUAGAAGGAAACACAAUCUCAUCUCAUAGCAGGCGAAUGAAAGAAUGUUCAAGGUGUUGUACACUGAAGCUGGUUACGGUUUUUGCGAUAACUUUGUUGAUAACGCGUAAGAAUUUACAGAAACAAAAUGUUUUAUCGAUUACUUUAAGCUAUAUUCUAUUACCUUUCAAAGCAAUUUUGUGAUUUUAAUAUUUAGUAGUGUUUUUUGUUUUAAGUUUAACACCCUUUGUCUCUUACUAGAAUGCGAACCACAGUACUAACUACAGAAACUUCAAUUGUUGUAGAAGAACGAUAGCAAAGUAGUAAUGUAUGAAUCGUUUGUUUGCAAUCGAGUUGUGGAGGUGCCACAAAUGGCGUGUAGAGGAGAGUAUUAACUCUUUGCAUUUGCAAGACUAGAAGGUUAUGACAAAUGACUAAAAUGAUAGUGGAAAAAAUGUGCUAUUCGAUCAUUUUGAAGCAACGAAUGAUGAUGGCGUUGGAAAUACUUCAUUAAAGAUGGAUAUUUCUUAAAUAACAAAUAGGUAUAUCCUUUUCUCAGGGAUUCGAGUCAUGUAUUAAACGAUACUCAGAAUCGGAACGUAUGGACCGUACUAUCGAGUUCACUUAACUUUUUGAUACAGUCUGAUGGAUUCGUUAGCGACAGGUUUCGAAGCUAUUAAAAUUAUCUGGAAGGGCAUCUUCAAAUGAAAAAGUACUCAGCUAAGCACUAACAUUGCGCAAGUCAGCAUGAAAUGAAGUAAAACAAUAACCAUAACUACCGAAAUCUGCCAGUUAUACACAAGCACACACAAACACAGUUAAGAUAACCAACAAAUGAAAAUACUGCCGAAAUACCUAUUCUGUCAUUAAUUACGAAACACAACUAGAAGCCCAGAAACUUCAACAGAUGAGAAUAUUUCGCUCGAUCGAACGAGUCCAAUGCCGAUUUUUCAACGAUGAUCUCCAAUUUGGCGUAGCAUUAUAGAUUUUGGUUCAAAUCCAUUGAAUGCGAAAAACUACAAUCGAGAAGAAAUGAAAUACUGGAUAUUUGAACUAUAGUGAAAUUAAAGCAAAACUACUCAACAUCAUAGGGAAAGACCGACAAACGGAAAUAUCCAGUAAUUAACUUCAAUUCAUCCGUGAACGGUCGAUCCGAUUUCGUAAUGCUACUCCUGUUCUAUAUAAUUAAUGACAGAAGCAGUUCUACUCACACUUUAACAACCUAGAACUCGAAAUACGAAUACAAGCGAAUAAUUUUAAAAGUAAUACAAAACAAACGAUAUCUCCUCGAUUUCGCAGAACAAAACAAAAGUUUGUUAAUAUUCGAAGCAACACGCAAACAAAACGACAAACAAUACAUUAUUAUCAUGAUUAUUAUACAUAUAUUUUACCGAAAAACAAAUACAACACACAACAAAUCAUAGGAGAUAAUAGCCAUAACAAAAAUCAAUUUAUCAUUAGUCAUUUAAUGAAAGCCGAAUGAACAGUCAGUAAGCGAAGGGGUCAGAUAGCCAUGUCCAUCUUUUUGACUAAACUAGGACGAUGCGAGGAGUGUGGAAUAUGAAAUGAAACUUUACUAUAGGUGUGAUUCACAAUUAUUCAUUAACGAUACGUAGAGAACAAGUAAAUUAACAGUAAACUUGCUGUAGUCAAAUCACCCAACUUCAAUUGAUUCCGAAUGAUUGCGUUCAUAUGUGUUGAUCAACGUAACCUGAAAGCACGUGCAUUUCAAAACUGUUACUCCUUAAUCCGUCUGCUCAAAGGGCAAUUUAGUGGGGGCACGACAACGGCCAACAUGCCAACUUUGAGGGGCUGUGAUAUUCGAGAACGGAUUAAGGGCUAUCUGUGAUUAUUUGCAGCUUUGAAUCACCUUCCCUCUCCAUCGCUCCCGGCUCCAAAUCCUUUCUCAGCAUCCCAGAAAAAAAGUAUUCUUUCGUUUCCCGUUUGAGAAUCGUUGGAACUGAAAGCGAAACCCGUGUGGAAGGACGACAAAAGACUAAUACACGUAUUUCUAAUUUGUUUGUAGAACUACUCUUAUCACUCGAUACAAAACCAAUUGCAAAAGUGAGAUUGCUCACAUUUGCAAAUACCGAUCAUGAUUUUUAACGUGACGAAACUCAAAUAAUUAUAAAAUUGUAUGAAUCUAACAGGCACAGGCACGGGGAUUAUCCCUCUGCACCGAAGAAGGAACAGACGUAAACAAACAAAUACAAACGAUUGCUUUUAGUAUUGGAAAUUAUGAUAAAAAAAUCACACCCAAAAAAACUUAUAAAUAUUGUACUAGUAGAAAACCCGAUUUAAAAUUUAAGGCAUACAAAUGAAGAAAA